GAUUAUGACUUUCUCCUCUGUCGCAGUAUGAAGCAUUCAGCAAUGAAGCUCCAAAUCAUGGCUAUCCUGGUCAUUCUUUGCCUUGGCAUCUUCACCAUGCACACAGCAACAGGAAGUGUGUCUAGUGAUAUUGUUAGAAAAAGCUCCUGUAUAGAACUGUCAACAAAGAAGCUGAACAUCAAAAGGCUUAUUGGUUAUAAAGAGCAAAACAUUCCAAUAAAAGCUGUGAUGUUCAUCACCAAAACAGGCAACAAGAUCUGUGUGAAGCCUGAUCUCAAAUGGGUGAAGGAUGCCAUGAAAUACUUGGAUAAAAAAGGUGUCACCAGAAGACCCACCACAAAAUCCAGUCCCAAGCCCCUGACAACUACUAACAAGGUUUCCAUCAAGGACUGCUGA